AUGGCUGACUCUGACGAGAUAAACAGUCAUCCUUUGGAAAACCACGAUGAUAAUGAUAGAGUUAAUAUAACCAAAGGAGAGCUUCGUUCACUGAUUAACACAGCUGCAUCUAAAGCUGUAGAAGAACAACUUAAGGAGUAUAGUGAGACGCAUAGUCGAGCCUCAUCUGUACCCCGCUCUAAAUCUGUCCCUAAAACUAAUUCAGAGCCUCAUAACAAGCCGCCCUCUAAAAAUGAAGGACCAAAGAAGGAUGACGAUCGUCAUUCAUCAAAUGAACACAGUGUCCCAUCCAGGAAGCCAGUGUUCGAUAAUGAACCACAUGCGGUCAGGUUGAGAUCGCUAAAGAAAUCUGAAGAAAGUAAGAGGAAGCGUGAGGAUGAUAACUCACGAGGGUCAGAGAAGAAGCGCAAAGGAAACACUGAUUCUAAGAAGUUUGGGUCUGGAAGGAACAGUCAGCAGACAAAGGAAAAACCAAAGUGCACGAAUUGCCAGAGACGCCACUUUGGAAAAUGCAGACUUGAAUCCAAUUCUAAUUCAGGAGCACCUGCAUGUGGGAUAUGCAAGUCUAAAGAGCACAAGUCGAGUAAGGCAGAAAAAGUAGAGGUAGAAAGAGAAGAAGAAGAAGAGGAGGUAGAAGUUGAGCAACCAUCUAAUGAAGAUCAGAUGACUUGGGAGAAUGAAUUUAAGGAAGAACUAGAUGGGUUGCCGGUAGAUGAAGAGGUAAAGGAGUUUGAUCCGGAGGGAGACCUUGCUUACUUAGAAGUUUUACUUGAAGGAAACCCAAUGACGGACAUUAAAGAAGAAGAAGUGGUGGUGGAAGAGGAAGAGCACCGCAGCUGCCCCCUGGUGUUAGUACUAAGUGAAGCUGAAAAAUCAACAACACCACGGGAGAGGGCAAAAAAAGGAAGAUAA